AUGUCGCCUCCCAUGCUAUCGUCCGAGUCGGAAGACGAGGACCAAGAACUCACUGAUAUUCAAGCUGCUGUGCUGGCGCAAUUUUCAGGCCAUCGUCUGAACGAUCAUACAUGCACUGGCCCUGUACAGGCCUUGUUUAUGGCAGCCGAUUCGGACAAACAAGAAGGGCACACAUGCUUUGCUCUGUAUGGUGGCCCUCGGCAUGUGAUUAAUGGUGUACAAGAGCUGAAUGAGGCAGAUCGCUCACCCCCUCAUUUGGCCCGACGUGCCCCUCUUAAAGCGGCCGGCCUUUUGCGCCGUGCUGAACUGCGUGGAGUGAUACUGGCCCUGCGUGACGUAGCGCAGGGGCCUAUUCAGCCUACUUGUGUUCAUAUUUGUGUGAGCUCGUCCUAUGUGGCCAAGGCAUGGGGCACGUGGAUUCCGCAGUGGGAAGCACAUGGCUGGCCAGGCGAAGACGUCAUGGAUGGGAGAGUGAAGAGCCCCACACGACCACGUACGCCAACACGAACCACGGAUCCAUACUUGGAUUCGCCGUCCAAUGGGUACCGUAUGCCACGUCGUAUGCGUUCGACGCAGUGGGAGACGGACUCCUCGACAGACUACCUAUCGUCAGAGACGAGUGGGCCUGCAACCAUGACAGAUUCGUCAUCGGCCAGCACACGCCGAUCCACGCGGCGCCUGGUUGAUGAGGAUAUGCUACGUGAACUAGCAGAGCUUCGCUCAGACUUGGCAGAAAUGUGUGCGCAGGGCGGACCGAGUGUGCAUCUGUAUCAAAUUGAGCGCGUACACAAUCCGGCUGAUGCGCUGGUAGAGCAAUAUAUGCAGGCGCGGCAAGGUCCCAUGGAUGCGGAGCGAACGCCACGACCUGGCGACGUCGAGUCACCGCCUCUGCCACCGCUGCCGCCCCCUGAACCACCUACGUCUCAGUUUCAGGCGAUGGCGGUACAGCCUACAAGUCCUACUCGUACGCCGCCUGAGUCAGGACCUGUACGUGUACCGCGUCGUUCUCAAACUGUGUCGCCUAUAUCAUCUACGUCGCCACGACCGCCAACAUCCAUUUUGCGAUCACCGCCGACAAGUAUCGAGCCUACACGCAUAUUUUCACCGCCGCGCCCACAAACAGGCACGCCAGUGCGUCAGGCCAGACCACGCUUGGCCUCGCCACUCCCUGAGGACGCACUGCUGGCCUCGCCUACAGAGACCCUCUCGCCCCGCAGCGCCAUGCCAUCGAUGCACUCGCCUCGCACCCCUGGACAUCCGCGUAUCGGACCGGCCAAAGGGGGCGCGUCACACACGGCCUCGCCCUUGGACCCACGCACGGCCUCCUACCUGGCCAGCCCCACCUCGGCGUCCAAAUCACCUCGGCGUCCGUCCCAUACGAUGCACAUUUCGCCACGCCCAUCCGUGGCGAGUCUGCAAGCGUCGUCCAUGGCGCCUUUGGAGCCUUUCAAUGGCCCCACACCAAAACUCACGUCCAAGUCCCUGCCGGACACAUCACCCAGCAACAAGCUAACCACGGCGGCCCUUCAGGAACACGAUCGCAAGACGAUGACGCCGGAAAGCAGCAAAAAAGAAGAGCGCCGACGCGCGAAGAGUACACGGUCGAGUGUCAAGUCGGAAAGCACGCAGUCCCUGCUUCAGCGGUUUACCCCGCGAUUCCUGCGCAGGGAUAGUGCUAAGGAGGCGAUCCCUGCUUUGCCUGAUCGGCGUCCUAGCGCCCGAGAUGAGGAUCAGCAGUCAACGUCGCAGCAUGGGACAUCGGCCUCGUCCAUCUCGGGCGUCAGCAUUCCCGCACCGUCUUUCUGCUCCGAGUCGCUGCCCAAGUCGCAAAGUAGUGGUGGCCUCGCAGAGCGCCAGGCCGCAUUGGCGAAGCGGGAACGCGAAUUGGAACGACGUGAGCGAGAGAUGGAUCGGAUAAAAUGGGAGAUGGGGCAUUCUCGCUACCGCGCGACUGACCAAGGCUCGAGACCUAUGCAGGGCAUGCCAUCCAAGCCGGCAACAGCAGGGCAUGCGCGUGCCAACUCUGAUACAAGUUCCUUUGAUAUACCACCGCCCGAUGAAGAGUGGUUGUGGGAAAGCAAUUUGCGUCGACCUACGCGCCUUCCAACGAACCCACCUGCCCUGGCUUCGCCUCGAUCGCAUGCCCAGCCUCGUCAGCCAGAGGAGCACGACGUGUUCCUCUCGACCGGACCGCGACGCAUCGUUUCCAAAGAAUUGCCGCCCAGUCCUGAAGACGAGGACGAUAGCGAGGCGUACCAUCUCUCUUCGAGGCGGACGGUAGGCGAUCGCAGUUUCAGCAGCGCGGCUACGCUCUCCUCUUCGUCGCCGUACGCACGUCGUUUCUCUUCUUGA